AUGUCUGCGCAUCUGCAAUGGAUGGUUGUUCGGAACUGCUCCAGUUUCCUGAUCAAGAGGAAUAAGCAGACCUACAGCACUGAACCCAAUAAUCUGAGGGCCUGCAACUCCUUCCACUACAAUGGGCAGAUUCACUGCAAGACUGUGGAGCCCGCAGCAAACGGCAAAGGGGUGGUGGUGGCUAUGAAACACUGAUCCGGUCAGCGAAAACCAGCCACAUCUUACGUAAGAACCACCAUUUACAAGAAGGCACGGGCCACCCUCUCAGCAGCAUCAGGCACAUGCUCCGAAAGAACAAGUACCGCCCCAUCUGUGCAUGGAAGCCAUUCACAGGGCCAGUGCCAUCCUGUGA